AUGUCUGUAAACCAAAAUAUUCUCAUGUCAUUAAUCAAGCAAGAUCCAUAUGAACUCAUAUUGCAUUUUGUUGACAUAGUUCUUUUCUUGAAGGCUGUUACUGCAGAUUAUGCUAAAAGGAUGGACCAUCCAUCAAAUGUUGUUUCAAUGAUGGGAUUCCUCAGACCUGUCUUUAUGGAUGAGGAAUUAUAUUUACGAAGGCUCUUCAAGGGUGAAGAUAGUUAUGGCUACACCUCAGACUGGGAAGGUGGCGAGAUUGUGAGCGUUACUUCCAAAGGUGAUGGAAACCACACUAGCUCGACUGUCUACAGAUUGGAAGUGACGAGAAUAGAGCUGUUCUCUGUGUAUGGUAUUCAGGCAUGUACCCUUGCAUCAGCAAUUAGUUUGGAAGAUUUUCAGGAUGCCGAGCCUGAUAUUCUUGUAAACUCAACUCCAGCAAUUGUAGAUCGCUUCAGUGAGAAGGGAAUAAGUUGUGAUUUUGCACUUAGAUCUCUCUGCAAAAAGAAGGGUCUCCCUGUCGAGAUCAAGCAAGAUCCAUAUGAACUCAUAUUGCAUUUUGUUGACAUAGUUCUUUUCUUGAAGGCUGUUACUGCAGAUUAUGCUAAAAGGAUGGACCAUCCAUCAAAUGUUGUUUCAAUGAUGGGAUUCCUCAGACCUGUCUUUAUGGAUGAGGAAUUAUAUUUACGAAGGCUCUUCAAGGGUGAAGAUAGUUAUGGCUACACCUCAGACUGGGAAGGUGGCGAGAUUGUGAGCGUUACUUCCAAAGGUGAUGGAAACCACACUAGCUCGACUGUCUACAGAUUGGAAGUGACGAGAAUAGAGCUGUUCUCUGUGUAUGGUAUUCAGGCAUGUACCCUUGCAUCAGCAAUUAGUUUGGAAGAUUUUCAGGAUGCCGAGCCUGAUAUUCUUGUAAACUCAACUCCAGCAAUUGUAGAUCGCUUCAGUGAGAAGGGAAUAAGUUGUGAUUUUGCACUUAGAUCUCUCUGCAAAAAGAAGGGUCUCCCUGUCGAGGGGGCAAUUUUGAUUGGGGUUGACAGUCUUGGCAUGGACGUUAGAGUUUUCUCUGGGAUAGAAGUACGGACCCAUCGUUUUCCCUUCAAAGUCCGGGCAACGUCCGAGAGGGCUGCUGAGAAGCAGAUCCAGCAACUCUUGUUUCCACAGUCUCGCCGAAAAAAAAUCAGGACUCAAGGUGACCGAGUUUGGGACGUAGAUUCGUUUUGA